ACAAAAAGUACAAAUGUAUUUAACAUAAAAGACCAUCUCUUGGUCAGCAUUUAAAUAUUAAAAAGAUCACCGUGGUAGAUCAAGACAAUAUUUGACAUUUUGCUGCUUACUAUAGACCAUGACUUCUGGAACUAAUUCUCCUUAAUAUAGUUUCAAAGUGUACUACAUUUGACUGUUUUAUUUAUUUCUGAUGAAAUCCCCCAUUCCUUGCUUGUUGAUACUUGCAAACUUAGGUAUAUCAUUAACUACUGUACAUGGUUAGAUCUGUAGAACCCGACAUGGCUCAGUGAGAUUUUUGUCUUGUUCUGUGGGGAUUUUAAAAAAUGGAGCCUAAAACAGUAAAGAAGCAACUGCUUUUACCCAAAGCCACUGUGGUAUUGCACAGUUCCUUUCAAACAGGACAGAACUGCAUGCUUUUGAAAAAUGGCUGGGUGCAUGACCACAACUCUGUAAGACCUACCUGCACAGAAGGGGCCACAAGGCCUUUUCUAGGGCAGAACAAAAAGGAGAGAUUGUUGCAUUCUCCUUUUUCAAUCUGUUUGGAUCCUUCAUCAUGUACUACAGCAGGCUCUGCUCAGAUCAGUUCAUAUGGAUAUAUGUAAGUAUUUCUGGCAUUAAAAUGAGUUUAUAUUCUGUGUUACUUGAGGGGGGGAAAAGGAAAGGGAAGUUUAAUAUUCAUUGUAACAUUCUCGUGUUUACCGAAUUAUAUACAGAUAUAUUGUUUUAUUCAAUUUUCUACAUAUUACAGGCCAAGGUAGCAUAGAUACAUUUUGCGUUUAAUAAAAGUAUUGGAGCUUGCGUUUUCUAUAUUAUUCUCCUUUACAUCACACCAAAGUUUGGAAAAAUAAUCCAAAGAAUUAUACAACUAGAAGUCCGUGACAUUUCUGAUGAAACAAUUCCCGGACGACUUCGUAGUUUUCGUUUUUUUGUUUUAACCUGUUUUCUAGUAAAUCUUGUGAAGAGCUGACUUUUUGACUGAAACUUAGUGUUAUAUUGUCUGGCACAGUAGUUAUUGUAUUAAAUUGCUAUAAUUUCUCAAUCAGAAGAUUCACAAGUGUGUCCCGAAAUUCCCCUUAAUAGUUAAAAUUCUCACAUUGCUUUAUAGUGUCACGACAUGCAUAUACCAUGGUAACAAAACUGACUUGUGCAUAAACUGUGGUAUUGUAACUGCACACAGAAACUGAAAAACGUGGGAGAAACAAAAAUCUUCAUUUCCACGUUUGACUAAUGAAGAUAUUAAUAUAUCGUAGAUUCAUGUAAAGACGAGUAUGUACUAUUUAAACUCAGAGCUAUGAGUAAUAAAGGGCUUGCAGAUAUUAUAGAAUGCACGGAAGCAACGAAUGCAACUGCCUGGCCACAUCCAGCUAUUCUGAAAAGGACCAGACUUCUUUGACAAACGGAGGACGGAAGGUUGUAGGUAACCUUUCUUUUUCUCAAGAGAGGUACAGGUUGCUGCUCCGUCAGCUGGAAGAGCUCAGCAUGUCCAGGAAAUGCAACAGGAGGCCAAAGAUUUUCCCUCCCAAACUCCAUUCAAAUGAAUAUUCGGGACCUCAUUCCAACAGGGGUUACAGCAAUUGGGAAUCUCCCUCAUGUUCACACAAUCUGCAAAAUCAGCAAACCAGUCUGGUGAACUGCACAAAUUCAAUAACCUACUGCAACUUGAUUAGAACUAAAUGCUUCACUCCAUCCCUCUAUCAAAGAGAAAAUGGCUUUUUUGCACCCAAGGAUAUACCUCUCAGAUUACAUGAAAGAGAAGAAACAAGGGAUGUUCAAGAAAGAACCAGUGAUUCUACUGCCUCAUCAGGCCCAGCCAGCUUUGAAGAAGUCAGGGGCAAGUGUAUUACAAAUGUAUCAACAGACAAACACAGGAAUAUCAAUCUGGACCUCACCUCAGAUGAUAGUGAUUUAUCAGAUUAUGAAAAGGGAGAUAGUACGGUUCAAAACUGUAGUAGUCCAGUUACACUCAAAUUGCGACCAGAGGCAUUUGAUGAUGAUGAUUCUGUCCUGAAUUCAGACUUGGACACCUGUACAUUUUCCUACCCAGAGUUUCUCCCUGCAUCUUUAAGAAGUUUAGACAAAGCAGGAUCCUUGCUUUCAUUGGACAGCAUAAAGAAAUUACACCUGCAAGACUCUUCAGUUGCACCCAUAGUCUCUCGUUUGAUACAAAUGGAAAAGAUGCAACAGCUGACUAUACAAAAGGAAAAAUCCAAGAUGAGCCGUUCCCGACCUGGCACUGCUGCUGGUUCUAUGAAAAGUAACCACAAAUUUGAGAUAUUGGGAUCUGGAGGGCCCCUGUCAGAGAACUUUACUGCUUCUGAAAGCAGAGCUUCAGAGACUUGGUCUUCUUUCUUCAAUUUAAACUAUCAAUCCGAGUUGUCAGAUUGGAAAAUCUCUUGUAAUAUAAGGUCUAAAAAGAAACAUUCUAUGAAACGACCAAAGACUGCAUGUGAAUCUAAAAAAAACUGCAUUAAAAAGGCAGAAUCAAGUACAAAGUCAGUUCAGGUUAAUCGACCACACUCAAGCUCUGUCGUUACAUGUAGGAAUCAAACCUUUUCCUCCAAGCUUACAGGGGCAGUAUCUACACAGGAUUCCUCAUCCUUGAGGACUUCCAGGAAAUUGAGAAGACCAAGAUCGUCAAAGAAAGUAGGUCUAAGCACACCUGUGUUCCCAAGACAGACAAACUGUUCAGUCCUGAACGGAUCUAUGGGAAAACUAAAUCUAUGACUCGGUUUUGGCAACCUACAGCAAGAAAAAUUAAAGACAUGAAACAGGGACAGUAGCAUGGUGUUUGGAUCAGUGUUUAAACUGUGAAUGGAUGCUAUGUCACUUUUUCCUUUUAAAAACAAAUGGAUACAAAAUACUAGUAAUGGCAUUGUGGGAGAAAUAUUGUGCUACUAAAUAAUGAGGAAGACUGUUUCAAUUAAGUUUUAUUUUAUGUUCAGUAUGUGAUAAAAUUUCAUGCAUUUUACAAUGGAGAAUGAAAAAUACUUAAUAUAAAAAUGCACUUUUAAUUGAAAAAUAAGUAGUUUGCUGCAAUGCUUUAUUACGUCUCCAUUCUUCUCUGCACAAACAUCAUUCCAGCGGAGCCACUUACCCUGAAAGAGAGAAAAACUUAUUGUAUUUCUCAUUAAAUUUCCCUGUGUAUUUCUACCAAAAGUAAGAAAAUAUUACCUGCACAGUGCUGAUCGCUGAUACACCACCAACAAUAGGGGACAUUUUUUUGUUGUAUUUGGAAAUAGUGUACAAAUCUAGAUGUAUUCUUUCCAGUUAGGUUGGGC